GGAAGGAACUCGUUACAGUACAAAUCGAAACGUCACCGGACAAUAGGCACCGACGCGUUCGCUAUCUCUGAGCUACGUGUCGUUUACAUGGCAUGCAUUGGUGCCACCUUGCCUCGCAUUCGUCCCUCCUUUGGUCACCUAUAAACCCCAGAUUUCUUUCAUUCUUUCGUAUCAUUAAUCAGAUCAUUUUCGUUCCUGUUUCUUCUGUUGCUAAUUCAUGGAUCUCAUUCACGGUUUCCUCAACCUCGUUGCUCCUCCGUUCACCUUCUUUUCUCUUGCCCUCUUCUUACCCGCCUAUUGGACUCUCAAGUUCUUUCUUUGCACCUUGAACUCCAUCUUCGCUGAGAAUCUCGCCGGCAAAGUUGUCCUCAUAACUGGUGCUUCCUCCGGCAUCGGCGAGCAUUUGGCAUACGAGUAUGGCAAAAAAGGUGCUCGUUUAGCACUCUCUGCUCGGAGGGAGAAUGCACUUAGGGAAGUUGCGGAUAGAGCUCGAGAUUUUGGAUCUCCGGAUGUUAUUAUAAUACACGCAGAUGUUUCCAAGGUCGAGGAUUGUGCCAGAAUGAUCGACGAAACUGUAAAUCAUUUUGGAAAAU